AUGUUGGUUGCGAUCGGGGCAUGUUAUCUAGACACUAUCCUCACAACACCAUAUUAUCCAGGAGAAGAUGAAAAGCUACGAGCGACAAAUGUGACUCGUCGGAGGGGUGGCAACUGCCCAAAUACACUCGAAGUACUACAGCAACUGACAUCCCACGAAUCUACCGACGAAGAGCUUCCAUUGGCCCUGAUAACAAUUUUGCCAGCCAAAUCAUCGAUAACCUCGCAACAGAUCAGAUCUGCAUUUAGAUCACGCGUCAACUUGGACCACUGCAUUUACCGAGAUGGAUUUGAAGAGCCGGCCUCAUGCUACAUUAUUAAAAGCAAAUCUACUGGCAGUCGCACUAUCGUCAACUACAAUGACCUCCCUGAGAUGUCCUUGGAGGAAUUUACUGGGAUAGCCAAUGAGCUUGGUCCAAAAGCAACUUGGGUUCACUUUGAGGGCCGAACACCAGAGAUGACCCUGCAAUUUGUCCGUUAUUUGCGAAAGCAAUUCCCCUCCAUCCAAGUGAGCGUCGAGAUUGAAAAGCCUGGUCGACCGGGUCUUCAGGAACUGGCCGAGGAGGCUGAUGUGGUGUUCUACGCGAAAACCUGGGCCCAGAACCUUGGAUAUAGAACGGCAGAGGAGUGCUUACGGGAGCAGUCCACACGGACACACGAGGCAUCAUUACUAUGUUGUACUUGGGGUCAGGAUGGCGCCUGUGCUUUAGAACGAGGUACUGAAGAUUUCAAACAUGUCGCGGCUUAUACGACAGAGAACUUCCAAGUUGUCGAUCCGAUUGGAGCUGGUGAUACAUUCAUCGCAGGAAUGCUGUAUGCUUUGAAUUGCAAAAGGAAGGACUGGGAUCUUUCGAAAAGGUUGGCUUUUGCGAACCGUGUCGCGGGCAUGAAGGUGUCUCAGGAGGGGUUCAAAGGUCUGGACCGUGCAUUGCUGUCCUUCGGCUAG